AUGGCAAAGCUUCUCUUGCUUCUGCUAGCUCUGCCAUUUGGACCAGCUCAGGCUUCACCCACUGCAGUGCCUCGACGAACGAUUGCUGGUGUCAAAGUUGUCGAUACUCCAAUCGUGCGCGACGCCCAUGACCUCGCCCUCAAACACAGCAGUGACUUUACCUACAAGCAUGUCAUGCGAGGUUGGCUAUUUGGUGCCCUUGUCAUCGAAAACAACGAGACCCUUCGCAACUCCGUCGACUUGGAGGUGCAUGCUGUGGCUGCUCUUCUUCACGACUUGGGCUGGGACCAAACUCCCGGCUCGCCAUUUGUGAGCCAUGAUAAGAGAUUCGAAGUGGAUGGUGCAACUGCGGCCAGGGAAUUCAUCAAGAAUAACAAACAUGGUAAAAAGUGGGAUGCGCGAAGAAUACAGCUUGUUUGGGACUCCAUUGCUCUUCAUACCCAACCUGACUUCUUCAACUACAAAGAACACGAGGUUUUUGUUACAGGCAACGGAAUCUUUUCCGAUUUCCAGGGCCCCCUUCUCGGUAUCACCAGCGAAGAGUAUUCUGCCGUGCUCAAAGAGUUUCCCAGCAAUGAAAUGAGGGACGGUCUGAACAAUACCAUCAUUUGGCUUUGUCAGUCGAAGCCAGCUACGACAUACGACACGUGGAUGCAGCCUUGGGGAGACAACUACGUCUCAGGUUACCAGCCUGAAGGAAAGAGACUUUUUGAUACCUCGUUUUUGAAUUUUCCUUAG